GUGGUGUUUCUUAUGAUCUGUUUCUGUUUUUUCAAAUUGCUUGACUAUCAGAGGCAUCAAAGAACCAGUGACAUCACAGCGUUAGUUAUUUGCAUGGAUUGCAUACUAGAGGUGCUAGUAAAUUUGUCAAGCAAUACUGUGUCUCAACAGUAUCCUCCUAAAAGUAUUGCUACUCCCACCCGCACCCACGCAGAUUGAGAAUAAUCUAGUCAUCGUGGGAAGCUGACUGACACGACUGGUUGUAGAGUUAUUUCCACUGUUGAUCAGUCCGUCUCAUUCCAUCAUCUCGUGUUGUAGUUGUUUCUGGAUGAAAAAAUAGGACUCGAGCUCUCGAAGAUUUUCCUCCUGAAAACAAACCUUCUUCACUACUAGUAGAUUCGUCGUCGAUCAUAUUUCAUAUCACAUAUUCUUGUCUGCUAUCCCUAUCACCCUAAGCUACAGCUGUGACCGUCUUCUUCUAUAUAUAACCUAAACAUAUUUGAACCUGCUCCACGUGUGUUGAAGAACUCGUCGUGUUGACCAAAUUUUUAAGAUUCAAGUGAAUGUUAUUCAAGUGGAUGUUUCCACGCUGCUCUCCCUAACUUUCUGGUGGAGCUACCUUCGACUAGCCGACCAGUCGAUACCAAAGACCACAACAAAACCUGCCCUCCAUGUCAAAGUACUUCAAUUUUUUGAUGCUUAUAAUCGGUGUUGCUACUGCUCUUGGUGAACAAACUACCUGUUAGAAGUUGAAGUAUUAGAAACAUUAUGGUUGUAGGCGCGAAAAAUGAUACAACAAACAACUCAAUCAGUUCCAAAUUGAAUGCUGUUCACUCAUCGUACUAGGUACGGCAGGAGUAGCCAAGAGGCUAGCGGAACGAAAAUAUUCGUUGGCGGUCUCGCACAAGGAACAACAGAAGCCCAGAUACAUGAGUAAAAUUACUUACAUAAUGUAGAUUUUUCUGCGUCUACAUAAAAACUAAGUCGUUGUGAAAUCUAGACCGCAGUGGCCUACGUCCAGUUUUUUUCUAAUUGGAUUCAAUUACCAAGGGGCUCGCUUCUAAGCUGGAAAUCGAAUCCCUGUUCUCGUCUCACAGACAUUUACCUUCUCCACUAAAAACUGAGAUGUAAUAAAAAGUUCUUUCCUGUCACAACCACAGGCACUUUCAGCAAUUUGGAAAGAUAGAAAAGUCAGAGCUCUUCAUACUGCGAGGCUUCGGCUACGUUUCUUUUACGGCAUCCUCAGCAGUGGACAGAUGCUUGGCUCAGCAGUACGGGCAACAUCAAAUUAACGGAAAAUGGGUUGAUGUGAAAAAAUCCUACCCACCUAGGGACGUCAAUCUUCCUGUCAGUAUUCAAUUUUUAUUUCCUUGUGGUCCUCUUUGUAUGUUGCUUGAGCUUGACUUUCUUGAUUAACCUUCUUGUAUGUUUCCGCAAACUACAAAUUCAAAUGUCUCAAAUAGGGCUUCGUUUGUUGUUUAUACCGUCGUGUUCGUGUAUCUCUCUCUGUUUCACUUCACUCAGAAAAAGGGAGCGGUAAGGAUAGCACAUCGAAAUCUGGUGAAAAGGGCAGCAGAGAAGAAAGAGGACCAUCAAAAGGUGACAGUAAAGCAGCUCCGACAGUUUCCGUUGCAGCAGCAUCAGUAAUUUCGAUUUUCCUACAAUUUGCUAUUCUUUUGGGAUCGAUGAAUAUGAUCUACUUCUAGCAGUAGACUACUAUAAACUCUACUAUGCUCGUUGACAUUGUUUGGAUGAAAUGGCUACGAAAGCAUCAAAUGAUACUGACGCCCGCAUCAAAUUCUAUUCUAUCUCACAUUUAUCAUCUGUUCUAUCUUCACAUUUUUUUCCUCCGAACACAGAAAAAGCCAAUGACGGUGACCGCAACGGUUCAUGGACCGCGCGCUGUUGAAGAUUCACGAGUAACCGAACUCUGUGCAAUGGGGUUUUCGUUGCGGCAAACAAAACGAGUUCUGUACUAUUCUCUCUUUAAUCAACCGAAUUCGUUACAUGAUUUAUCUAGAAACUGUAAUUAUAGGCGAUUUAGUAUUCAUGAUACGCAACCCUGUAACUGUUGCCUAUGUAGGCUCUUGUCUGAAACCUCAUGUCAAUGAUACCGUACCUACUAGCUAUUGGUUGAAUGAUGCAUCUCGAAUAAUUGUUGAUCAUUGUUAUAUGUAGCCUUAGCCUGGAAUCCGAACCACAAAUAUUCACAGAGGUACAUGCGGAUGGGAUAUGAAUAAAGCACUCGAUCAGCUGCUGCAGGAAGGCGUCGAUCCAGAUGAAAAACCUGAAGAGACGCGGCAACCUAGCAAGUAAAGAUUAGAUUUUUAUGCAACUUAGUUUUCUUUUAUUUCCAUCACAUAUAUAAAUGACGAGUAGCUCCUGUUCCUGUUGCUCAUCUUGGCAAUCCCUUUGAAGGAAUCGAAUGGCCUGCAAGCACUGCGAAAGAUUUAUCGACAAGAAUUGAUGAAUUUCCAUCCACUCUACUUAUACCUACCUAAUACUUAUAUUUGUGUUUAUUUAUUCCAUCAGGGGGAAAGCUGGAGCAGAAACGCUAUCAACCGCAAGCGACAGUAUCGAAGAACGCGAUGACAUGAGCAACGACGGUAGAAACGGAGGAAAAGGUGCUUAGUCAUCUUCUUUGUUAUCUCAUACUACAUAGCUAGGUAAAGAUAUGUUGAUUAAGAUGAUAUGGGCAUGGAAUGCGCCAACGCAAAAUGCGAUCAUUGUAGGUUUUACUCCUCCGUCAAGACGAUGCGAGCUUGAGUUAGUUUUUCUCAUAGAUUUUUAUUGAUGAUUAUUUUUGACCUUCUCGUAUUUCUUUUUCCAGGUGGUAAAAAGGGUGCUAAAAGCAGUCCAGGUAAGAAGGAUCAAGGUUCAUCGAGUACUUCAGCAACCGGCGCGAGUUCAACUGCAGAAGCUUCUGAAACGAGUGCGCAGGAGAUGACUUCCGCAGAAAUAAUUACGACUAAUGUUAAUGUCAUGGGUAACGGGUCCUGGUCUGGUGCAAAAAACAAACAAUCAUCUGCGCCACGAGUGGACUCAGAGUUGUCUCAACACGUGGAUAACUCAGCAGCUAAGACUGCCUCAGCAACAGCGAACAGUGCCGCUGCAGCGGGUGCAACUGCGGGCGCUGGAGUUGUAAACAGCGCGACCGCUGGUGCCACGAAUGGAGCUGUUAAUAUGAACCUUACUGCAGCAGCUGUGGUUUCAUCGACGACCGCAACCUCAACGACACCCAGCAGCGCAGUGAGCAACCAGCAUUCCAAAGCGAGUGUUCCAGGCGAGCAACCAGGAGCCCAUCAGGGCGGACAUCACCUGGGAGGCACGAGCCCGAGCAAAAUGGGAGCUAUGCAUCAGAUGGCAGGCGCCGGCAACGCCGCGGCGCAGCAACAGAUUUCCAAUAACAUGCAACAUCAGCAGCAACACGUUGCAGCGCAACAGCAGCAACAGCAUAGCAUUGGAGCCCAAGGAGCAGCACAACAGCAGCAUAACGUAGCUGGCGCACAACAAAGCGCUCAGCAGCAGAUGAUGCAGCAACAACACAAUAUGGGUGCUGGAGCAGCACAGCAGCAGAUGCAGAUGGGAGCACAACAACAACAGCAUGCAGGUAUGCACCAACAGCAAGCAGCCGGUCAGCCGACCGCAGUGCAACAAGGUCAGCAGCACGUACUGAACGCGAACAACGUCAGUAUGCUGAGCAACACAACCCAACACACAUACCAAAAUGACACUGCGCAGAAGCAACCGGAACCUGAACCUAUCGCAAAUAACACCAUGGUAAACUCGAAUCAGAACGGUUGGGGAAACCAGCAAAUGCAGAUGCAAAAUGGUCAAGCGCAGCAAAACCAGUAUGGAAACUACUACAACCAGCAGCAAAACCAGCAGAUGCAGCAACAACAGAGUAGUACUGCUUCAGUUUGUUUCUAAACCCAGAAAUUCGAUGAUAUUUCUUCAGACAAGCACUUGAUCUUUGUGAAAUGAUGAGAAACUUUGGUUGAUGAAUUGAUAUUGAACAAAGAACAAGAUCCAGCAAUCUUCUAUUUCUUUAGAAAAUUUGAACGCCUGUACUUCUUAGCGUUCCUUUUUCCACAAACUAUCUCUCAGAUGCUCAGUAUGGUGGAAACUAUUAUGGCCAGCAGUAUGGUAAUCAACAGCAGCAACAGCAGAACUAUUACCAGCAACAGCAGCAACAGCAGCAGCAGUACAACCAGCAAGCUCAGCAGCCGCAGCAGCAACAGCAGCAGCGUGAGGAAACGGGAAAAAUCCACGUACUAACCAGAACUUUCUUGUCUCGUUUCGUGUUCAGCGAUUACCGAUUUUUGAUCAUGGAAUAUUCAAGAUUCUUUUUGAUGUUAUCAUGGUGAAAGAAAAGCUGAGAAUGCUUUCUAAACCACGAAUCCUCACAAAUACGUUGAAAACAACAGGUUCAACCAACGCAAGCGUACGCGCCACCGCAAGAGUAUGUGAAUGGAGGACAGCAGUUUCUGACGAUACAGCCGGAUCUCAAAAUGGUACCAUUAGGAUCGGAUUUUUCUAAUGUUGAUCUGUUGCUUCUGCAAGUAAAUUGUUCUCGCUUUAUGAGAUAAAUCCACCCGCAUGCGAGAUUCAUACAUUCUGGAAAAAAACAAGCAUUCACUCUCUCUCUUUGUCUUUUCCUCCCUAUCAUGCUCUUCCUCUUCUUGCUCCUAAGUAUUAAGUAUAUUCUACUGUAAUGUGAAUGUCUCUCUCGAAAAAACAAAACAGCCAAUCGAGUUGCAAUUGUACAAUAGCAACGAUUCGGGAUGGUCCCACGGACGUGAUGCCCAGGGAAAUAGCGGUUGGUUCCCCACCAGUUGCGCUAGAUUCGACAUCGUCGUUGGAUCGUACUUCUUCUAAUUUUGAUUUCCUGCUUUGGAAACACAUAUUCAUAUUUAUUUGAUUUAGAUAUUUCAGCCACGGCCUGCUGUCUGUCACCUUUUUUUUGUAUUUGGCUAGAAAGAAGUGACAAAAACUUUUCAAUGUGCACCACGUUUCUAAGAGGUCUCAUUAAUGGACUACAACGGCGCCUUUUACUUUUUAGCAAUUCUUACGCAAAUUCUUAUGAUAUAUCGAACACAAUCCUACAAAAAAUUGACCACUACCAGAUACGGAUUCGAUACCAAGCCAGAGAGCACGCGAAAUUAUAUCACUUUUCAACCGGGAUCAAAGAUCAUCGUCGAGCAACGCCACGACUGCGGCUGGUGGAUCGGUGCAGUGGUGCUGGACAGCCAUGGUAACAGAUAUUUUUUAGUUAGCUUCCUAUGAGAAAAUUCUCCUAACAAGUUGAAGUAUUGUCUGCUGAGAGACACCUCAAGGAACAGUAGCAGAAUGCGAAAGCGUACCACGAAUAGAAGAUAGUGACAGGAGCUUAUUCAUUAUCGCUACUUCAUCAGCGUUUCCUGAGGUAUCGUCUUCAUAGUUGUCCCAUUUCUUUUCCAGGUAAUCUCGGAGGAAAGGGUUAUUUUCCAGGCAACUACUGCCAGGAUGCGCCUCCUGCCGCACAGUGA